AUGAAGAUUUCUGCCCUUGCUCUCGCGGCUCUUCUGCCUGCUGGAAUCUUCGCUCAAGAUGCCAGUGCUACCAAUCAUCCUGACUUCCAUGUUGUCGAGGCGCGCGAAAUCGAGAAGAGAGAUGUUAAAGGGAAGGUCCUUGUCGAUGGUCUUCGAUACAGAACUUGCCCAAGGACAUCUUGCCCUGCUCUUGGCCAAUAUGCUAGCGGCACGGCUAUCGAGAUUCAAUGCUUUACUCGAACCGAUACCACUGUGGUAGAUGGUGAUGCUGGUUGGGCCAAAUUGAGCAACGGUGAUUGGGUAGCUAUGGCGUUUGGAAAAUAUAUCACUUGGUAUUCUACCCUCUACGCCUGCUAG